UCAUUUGGUGUACUAGUAUGCAACCAGGUCUAAGAUGAGUCUCUGGUUAAGACAAUAUAGAGUGCGGUCUCUAUCUAGUCAUGUCCAAUAAUUAACUGUAAUACCAAAUACCAAAUCUACCCUUUCACAUACUGCUAAUACCAAAUCUAUCCUUUCACAUACUGCUAGUAUCAAAUCUACCCUUUCACAUACUGCUAGUAUAUACUAGCAGUAGAAUGUACCGUAAAAAGUCCUCUAAUAAUGUUAUACAGGUGGUGAUUGGUUGCGACGGGUGGAACUCGGUGGUGGCCAGGUACGUGGGGCUAGGCGCGCCGUCGCAGCUCCCUCGUUUCAUCGUCCUCGGCUUCGCGAGCUACCCAGAGGGGCACCCGUUUGGGACCGAGUUCUCGCAAAUCAUAGCGGAUGAUUUUGCCGUCGGACGGGUGCCCAUUAACGAAAAUCUGUUGCAUUUCUUCGUAAGCAGGAGUCCCUCACCAGGACGUACGGACGUUGAUGAGGACGCGGCGAGGAAGUACGUGCUGGAGAAGGUCGACGAGCUCCCCGGCGAGGUCGCCGACAUGGUGCGUCGGUGCGACGCGGCGUCGAGCUGGACGCUGACGAAGGUGUGGUACCGGCCGCCGUGGCAGGUGGCGCUCGCCGGGUUCCGGCGCGGCGCGGUGACGGUCGCCGGCGACGCGAUGCACGCCAUGGGGCCCUUCAUCGGCCAGGGCGGCUCCGCGGGGCUGGAGGACGCCGUCGUGCUCGCCCGCUCGCUGUCGUCGGCGGCGGCCGGCGAUGGCCGGGCGCCGCCGCGUCAGCAGCUGCGCGACGACGCCGUCGGCGCGGCGAUAGACGAGUACGUCGCGGAGAGGCGGCGGAGGGCGACGACGCUGUGCCUGCACAGCUUCGCCAUCGGGACGUUGCUGACGACGAGGUGGCUCGCCGUGAAGCUCGCGUGCGUCGCCGUCCUGGCGCUCCUCGGCGGCGACUCGCGCCGUGAUGCGGACUACGACUGCGGCCGCCUCUAGCGGACCAUCCGUUUCGUUUAUUCGCGAAACAAGUCAAACGAUAUAUUUAUAAACUAAAAGUAAUUUGUUUUUAUA